UCCAGUGUCAAAGUUGACCGGUUGUGUUGUCACCCCUUUGUUGCCUCCGUAGUGCCGCAUUCUAAUGAGUCGAUGUGUGUUACAGUUGUGGUCAUAGAAGAAACUAGCUUGGAUUUGAUCCGAUCGAACGAGUCAAAGCCAGCCAAAAGAUGGAAGAAAAGAUGAAUGGAUCUCUGCCUGUUGUCUCCCCGGAGUAUCUUCACCAGUGGGUUCAGUCUGCCCAGCAGUUCCAGGCUCUCCAGGCCCAGUACUCCAACUUCAACCCCAACUACCAGUUUUCCCACCCAGAGAGUCGGACUGCAGAGCCAGCCGCGGCCCACAUGGCCAACCCAGACGGCAUGACGGAUCCGAUGGAACCUGCAAAUCUAGUUAAACCUCCAGCCAAGAAAAGAGGCAGAGCAGCCCAGCCCAAGGAACCACGUCCACCCAAGCCACCCAAAGUCCCCAAGGCGCCAAAACCACCCAAGGCGCCAAAACCACCCAAGGAUCCAAAUGCCCCUAAAGCAAAACCUGGUCCAAAGCCCAAAAAAUCCGCCGGUGCUCAAGCUGACGGAAAACAGGAGAAGAUUGACGAGAGCUUCAAGAAGGUGAAGAGGAAAGUGGACCGCUUUAAAGGGAUGUCAGAGGAGGAGGUCAUGAAAAAGACUCUUCCAGACCUACUGGACCACAACCUGGACUACGUCAUUAUUGGUAUCAAUCCAGGGCUGAUGGCAGCUUAUAUCGGGCGUUGGUUUCCGGGUCCUGGGAAUCAUUUUUGGAAAUGCCUGUUUCUAUCUGGGUUUACUGAGGAUCAACUUAACCACAUGCACGACACAACUCUGCCUGUGAAGUACAAAAUGGGCUUCACCAACAUGGUCGCCAGGGCAACACCAGGGAGCAAAGACCUGUCAAGCAAGGAGUUGCGUGAAGGAGGCAAAAUUCUAGUAGAGAAGCUGAAAAAAUACAAGCCCCUCAUAGCUGUGUUCAAUGGAAAAUGUAUCUAUGAAAUGUUCUGCAGGGAGCUGUUUGGAAAGAAACCUCAAAAGCUGGAGUUUGGUUUGCAGCCACACAAGAUACCCGACUGUGAUGUGGCGCUGUUUCUGAUGCCAUCAUCCAGUGCACGCUGUGCCCAGUUUCCACGUGCUCAAGACAAAGUUCACUUUUACAUCAAACUCAGGGAGCUAAGAGACCAGCUGAAGGGCGUUCGAAGAAACACUGAGAUUGAGGAGGUUGACUACUCUUUUGACCUCCAGUUGGCUAAAGAGGAUGCCAAGAGGCUGGCAAUAAAGGAGGAGCAGUAUGAUCCUGGUUAUGAAGAUGCCUAUGGCGGAGCAUAUGUGGAGAAGACAGCCGAAGAGGGCCAGGCGGAAGGCCAGAGCAACGGUCACUGUUCAUUCUCAUCUGCUGAAAACAAAGAGGGAGCACAGGAAGCAGCCACGUCACACACUGCAGAGGGCCAGCUUCCAGACGGACAGUGGAUGACCCAGUCCUUCGCAGAUCAUAUUCCAGACAUCAGCGGUGGACCAAAACAAGGCAGCGCGUGAGGGAAACGUGCAGGGACCAGCUCAGCUCUUUACCUCACCACCAUGCUUAGAUCUUUUUUUUUUAGUAGCUUUUGAGUGGAAAAUAGCCACAUUUAGGACUUUGUAGAUAGAAAUUUGCAGAAUAUGCUGUCUGCUUAUUUUAUUCUGUUUUGGAAUCUUGUAUGUAUUUAAGAUUGUCUUCAUUGCAGUCUUUUUUUUAAUGUGAAGCUGGGGCUGAUGAUUGAAUGCUUUGAAAGAACGCAUCAUGUGUUAUAGCAUUUCUUUUUUUCUGUGCUGCAAUAUGUGUCAACAUUAACAUCUGCUGUGUGGACAGUAGGUGACACUGGUUACUUGAUAAGCCUUCCUUAACAGUACCUACCUGGAUGUUUCUCUGUCUGCAGGAGCGUUAAGAUGUCAGUACUGUUAAACACUCAUGGUGCUAUGAAGUUUGGGGGCUCAGCCACAACUGGAACUUCUUAAAUCCUUUUAAUGUCAUGUUACACAACUGCUAAGAAAAACACUUUCAUUUGAAUCUUAUCUAUGUUUGCUAUGUUUGUAAAAAAAAAAAUGUAAUGGACAUGGAGUUUUAUGAAACCUUUUUCAAUUAAAAAGUCCUGACAAGGUU